UGCGUGCGAAAUGCUGAAUAUAUAGUUGAUGAAAACAUAAAAAAAGAGCGACAAAACACGGCCAGAGAGGAUUUUACGAGAUUGAUGAUCUUUAUGAGAUUUAUAUUUCGAUCUUUUUCUUAGAACGUAAUUUAUUGAUUAUCUUGAAAUGAGGAUGGAAGAAAAAGGAGUGAUUAUCAGUGUUUAUGUCGAAUCUUUAUCAACCACAGAUUCACAAUAUAGAUCUGAUCCAUUGAAAAGAACAGCAAAAAAAGGAGGGUACGAUCGUCGAGCACAACUCUUGGCCUAUGCUCAUGAGUUAAGGCAUACCAAUUCUACAUACCCUCGAUGUACGUCCGAUAAUUCAAAACAAAAGCAAAAGAAAAGGAGAUGGACAAGAAGGAUAGGAUUGCCAUUUUCCCGUUUGUUUCGUCGAAAAAAUAAGCAGAAGAGGUAUGAAAAGAUGGGAAGAGAAGAUUCCUGUGAUGCUAAAGAGUCAUGCUAUCAAAGAGGGUCCCAAGGAAAAAAGAUGAGUGGAGCAAAUGAGAAAGUCAGAUAUGGUUUUUGUAUUGAAGUGUCUCUUGAAAGACAUCUCAUCCAUCUGGCAAUUCGGCAAGCAUUAAUCAUGUUCAGCUUAUUUGAUGGAUAUUGUUGCGCUGAAAGAAUUAGUUUGGUGAAUGAAUUCUUUCUUAUGUAUUUCUCAUCGCGAUCAGGUACAUAUAUAUAUAUAGAUGUAUCUGCAUAGCAGAACUUCUAUCUAUUCAAGAAAACCUGUACAUACAAGGUAAUAAGAUAUAUAUAUAUUCACUAAUUAUGGAUCCC